UUCUUUUUUUUUCUUUUCCUUUACCUCCUUGUUUAUAAAAUAAUAAAAAUGAAGUUUACUAUCCUUACCAUUCUCUCCGUUAUUGCUUCUGCUGUUUAUGCUCAAACUCCCGAUGCAGGCGUUGCUGUCACCUUACCUUCUCUCGGUCAAGUUCUUCAAGCUGGUAGUUCUUUUACCAUUACUUGGACUGUUAAUGCUAGUAGCAGCACCGCAUCAAAGAACAUCAAUUCUAUUGCUUUAAUGGAAGGCAGUUCUUCAAACUUGCAAACUUAUAUUCCUAAUAUCCUUUCUGCUCCCAUUCCUGUCAAUCCUCCUUCUUACAAUUGGCAAAUUCCCCAUACUGUUGAAACUAACCCUUCUUACGUUCUUGUUCUCACUGGUGAUAAUGGAGGCCGCACUUACUCCACUUAUUUCACAAUUUUAGGUGUUGCUCCUGGUACUAAUGUCACUACUUUAACUACUUCCUCUGCUGUUACUUCUUCUGCUACUGGUAGCGCUAGCACUGGCAACCCUACUGCUAAGCCUACUACAAGCGGUGAUAAGACUCCUAGCUCAUCUAAUACUGCUGCUACUACUACAUCAACCAGUGGUGCUUCCAACUUUAAGGCUGGUAUGAUUGGAGUUGCAGGUAUUGCUGUUGCUGUUACAGCUCUUUUACUUUAAAUAGUAUAAAAGCACGUUUGUUAUAUACAGUAUAACGUUUCUUUUUUCUCUCCCUUCCUUUUUUUUUUUUUUUUUUUGUUAGCAUUUAAAC